AUGCAUUUUGCGAUGGCUGGGAGUUCUUUUGUGUUCAUGACUUUUAUUUUGUCACUGGCUGAAACCAAGUUCUACAGACCACCCCAGUUCAAUCAGUAUAAAGCUGGGCCCAGUCAGUACCAUCACCAAGGGAAACCCACCAGCAGACACAAGAACCAUUGUGCCUACGUAGUUGAAAAGACAGUGUCCUUCACCGUGCAGGAUGGGGCAGCCCCAUAUGUAAAAGCUGAGUACAACAAGUGUUCCUGGGGGCAAAAAUGUCCAACUCUCCAAUAUCGUCUCAUGUACAAACCCAUGUUCAAGGUGGCACAUAAAACCGUCACAGAGCUGGAGUGGCGUUGUUGUCCCGGGUUCUCUGGUUAUGGCUGUAUGGAGGGACAUCCAGUUUACCAACACCCCAUGAAAAUGAUGCCGCCAUUCAAGGGCCCGCCAAUGAAAGGCCCACAGUUUAAGGGGCCACAAUACAAAGGUCCCAUGUUCAAGGGUCCACCUAUUAACACUGUUGUGAAGGCCAACCCAUGGAGUCAACCCAAAGGACCUCCCACUGGCAGCUUUAACCCUUACCCAAUGCACCACUUUGGGCCACCGAGGACCUCCUACCCAGACACCUCCUUUGAGCCUUAUCCAUCUGAGCCAGAGCAACUGCCAGAGCACGAGGGACCACAUCACACAGAGCACAGCCAAGAGCAUGAACAUGAACAACAGCACAGCCAAGGACCUGAGGAACACAUACCAGACGAGAUCCCCCCUCCUCCCUCUGGUGGUGAACAGCCUGAGGGACAGCCUCUUGAUAGUGAGACAGAGGAGCGAAUCUAUCGAUUGGAGGAGGAUGUGCGCCGUCUCAACCAGGGCCUGGACACGCUGCAGGGAACAGUGAAUGGACUGGAAGAUAGUCUACGAGCCUCGCUGAGAGAGGACGCCAACAGAAUGCUGUCAGCUCUGCUCUCUGCUGCCCCUGGUCCUGUCCCUGCUCCAGCUCUCGCCUCUGGUCCAUCCACUGUAGGGUUUGUAGAGAUUCCUGGUGGGGACUCUGAGACAGAGGGUCUAGAUGGCAGACACAUGCUUCCAGGCCUUACAGAACUGAACAGCAGAGUAGAAGAGCUCAGGACAGAGCUACAAGCCAAGACAGCAGAGAUGCAGGAACUCAAAUCAACAGUGAUGGGACAUGAUGGAGCACUAAAGAAGAUGUCAAGUAGAGCGAGGGUGACAUCAGAAUCCAGUGUGGAAAAUGAUCAGAAAGCUGUGGAGAACUUGAUGGAUGCCAAGCUGAGUGUAGCCAGGACAGAAAUUCUUGGUGGGUUUGAGAAACGUGUGGAGACUGCAGAGGACCGAUGCGAGGAGAAAGCUGGGGAAUUGCGUCGUCAGUGCCAGAGGGAACAAAGUGAGAGGCAGGAGCAGAUGGAGGACGCUCUGGUGGAAAGUAACACAGACUUGAGAACAGAGCUGAGAAAUCUAAAGGCACAGAUCCAUGUUUUAAAGGCUACACAGAACUGCUCCGGUGGAGUGAGUGGACUGGUUGAAAGGGUCCAGCUGCUGGAAACAUCAGUAGCAGGCCUCAACCAGAGUCAGGGGCACCUGAGAGUGGAGCUGGGUGGACACAAGGACCACAUAGAGGGAAUGCUGGAGGGGCGUCUUGGGUAUGUAGAGUCCAAGCUUAACCUCACUGGGCAGAUUAAGAGUGAUGACUCUGGAAGGAGGAGUGGUGCCCCAGACUGGACUGAGGCAAGACAGGACACAGAGGCCCGAAUGGAGGGUAAGAUGAGGGCUCUAGAGGGCCGUUUACUGAUGGCUCUAGAGGAGCUGGGUAAUGUCACUGCCCCUGCACUGCUGGAGGGUCAUGCUGUUCCCACUCUGGAGACAGAGCUGGAAUCCCUCCGAGGGAGACUUGAGGUAGAUGUGGAUCGAGUGAAGAAGCACCUGAGCAGCCUUGAGACUCUGUGUACCUCUUCCUGUUCCUCACCUGGAAACCCUUUAGCCAUCCAAGGAGACUCUGCUGCACCCAGUGCUAACCUGGCAGAGAGGCAGAAUGUGAAGGAGGCGCUCAAUAUGCAAGGAGAUCGAUUGAAUAACCUCAACGUAACACUGCAGAACAUCUUGAAGCGUCUGACCCUCAGGGACCAGCAGGAACAAGCAGAAAGAGAUUAUCCCAUGCAGGGAGAGCUCACAAUCCUCAAGUUCAAUGUCCACUCAGUCAACCACACCCUCAAAGGCCUCCAGGACUCCCUGGGGACAGUAGUCCACCAGGUGGGCCAGGCCAACAGCUCCUGGCACGAGAGAGAGGCUCGUCUGGCCCAGCAGAUAAAGGGUGUGGUGCAGCUGGUUGGACAUCAGGCUUCCAUGCUCGGGGUAGGGGAGCGCAGACUGAGCAGAGUUAAGGGUGAGCUACAGGAGAUGAAGAGGAGGCUAGCUGAGGAGGUCCGGGGCUGCCGGAGCACAGCCAUAGGAGUCCAGAAAGAGGUAACUCAGGUUGAAGGGCGAGUUGCCAGUGUAGAGGACAAGUGUAAUGGCCUGAAUUACUUGGCAGAGGACCUGGAGAGAAUCAGGGAGGAGUUGGAGAAACAAUCAAAUGGGCUUCUGAUGCAAGUCAAUGGGACUCUCUCCAGCCAUGCUCAGCAGCUGUCUGAGCUGAGAGGCGAACUCAGAAACUGCACCUCCCUGGUGGAGCCAACACACAGUCCAGAUCGGGAGCCAGAGCUGAGACGAGGAGACACUUUCACUUUGAAUUAG